AUGCCGUCCAAGUCGAUCGCCCCGAUUGAGAUAGGAUCGUUCACGGCCUCGUCGCCUGAAAAGACAGAAUUUAUAGGCAGCGCGAGCGGAGUCUUCUUCGUCAACACCGUCUUCCGCGCCUUUGCUCGAUCCGCCUACAAUUCCAAGGCGCUACCAUCAAAUGGAAACUCGACACACAAUGACCCCGGGUCAGUCGACAGUCGGCUCGUCGAUCCAGAGACCCCUAUGCAGCUGGACCACGAGAUCGCGGGGAUGAGGAUCCUGAUUGAGAAUGAAACAGCGCCGAACUCUUACGGCGUCAAAGGGCAUGGACUGGGGGUUGCGCCAGAGCAAGACUCAGCCAGAGAGCUCCUGAUGCUAUACCUCAAACAUUGGCAUCCUCUAUUCCCCUUUUUACAUGGUCCAACCCUCUUCGAAACAAUCCGGGGUCUAUAUGAGCACGACGGGCAGCGGAGGCUUUCACUGAGAAAUCGCCUGUGUCAUGCCAUCAUCUGCCAAUGCGUGUUCAACAUUGCAGCCCUGGAUCAGCCCGACGGAAUGCUUGCCCCAGACUCACGACUGGAUUCGCCAGCCAAGUUACUCUCCCUCUUGGGGUACGUCGCGAGUAACCACGACACUCUCUCGUUGCAGGCUCUGCUCGCCGCACAACUCUAUCUGGUUGCAACCAUGUCUCUUCGAGCGGCAUCUACGAUAGGAGGGACCCUGACGCGAGUGAUGUAUCACGCUGGUUUCCACCGGUGUGCUUUCCGGUAUCCCCAGCUGUCACCUCAUGAAUGCGAGCUGCGGAAGAGGAUUUUCUGGAGCGCCUACGUGCUGGACCGCUAUUUGAGUCAAGCUCUUGGUCAUCCUCUGGGAAUUCAAGACUCUGACCUGGACGUCUGUGUUCCGGGCAUGGAUGAACUCCACAAACCGGUCCGGGCAAGCCAGCAGGUAUCGUCCGCAAGUAGGGCGCCCGCUGAGGGGGUGCUGGCUCAUCUACCCCGGGGCCACCACAGGCGAGGCUCACAGUCAGAAGAAGUUACAGCGUCCGAACAUGCUGGCGGUCCCACCAACACUGGUUCAGAACCAGAGUCUCCCACUUUGGAUCCUUCGCGCGAUGUCAACACUGUCCAAACAUCCCAAAGCUCUCAGAUACUGGGCCAUUAUGUGCUCUAUUGCCGACUCACAGGUCAAGCAGUCCAGACCUUCCACAUCUCGAUCCAGAACCGGACGAUAAAUGCAGAGCGAAUGAUGGAGCUUCAAUCAAAUGUUCAUGCGUGGUGGAACGGGCUGCCUCAGGAAUUACAGGAUGAGGAUACUGGUGACGGCGGCAAGCUUGCCUCGACCUACACAUUCUUCUUUUGCAUCCUGUAUAACCAUCUUUUACUUCUCAGUAAUCGUCCCUUUCUCUCUCUUUCGCCAAAGUCCCUAGAGUUCAAGUCGAGUCUGCAGACAUGUAUUGCGGCAAGCCGACAGAUUAUUACAAUGUCACGACGUCAACAUGACCGCGGCUUGAUCGUAUCUUGGCCCGGAAUGUUAUCAGCAACAUGGAUGGCUGGAUUGGUUUUGGCCUUUGCAUGUACAUUGAAGCGCUAUCCAUUCAGCAAAGCGCAAAGAGAAAUCGAGGAUUCCGUUCGUAGUCUCUCGGCAAUGGCAAAGAGCUGGAACAAUGCGAGACAUUGUGCAGAGGCACUCCAGUCUCUGUUAGAGAACCUGGCGGCACAAUAUAACAGGGGACAGAGUGUCAUGGUCUCCCCAUCCUCAUCCAACUUCGCCAUGCCGGGGGCUUCAGUACCAGCAACAGUUGGAGGGUCAACAGAACCAACCACUACGCAACUCGCCAUGGCUGAAACAAAUGAACCUUCCAGGAAAAGGAAGAGGACCAACCGAGGGCAACAGGGACAAAGCCGUCACCAAAGCGAGUUACCCGAUGCAACGAGAGAUCGAGCGAAUCAAUCUCAAACAAUUAACCAAGACUUUGACGCCGAUUCCUAUCAAUUGCCCAGCCUCAACAGUGGCGCCAUGUUCCCCAUUCUCGAAUACACAGGACCAGACUUUGGGUUCAGCAAUGGACAAUAUCCAACCAUGGACGACUUUGAGUUCCUCGGUCUGCCAGUUUCCGACGAUUUGUACCCAAGCAAUCCCGGGGCUUUUGGUAAUAUCGGUUGGGAGGCCAUGGCCAACGGUUCCGGAAACAUGCAAAGCUGGGCUGCUUGGGGCACGCCAAAAUUUUGA